AUGAGCAGCAUUUCUGAGCUAAAGACUGAUGGUAUUGGAGGCCCUUUACAGGUUAGAAUACUACGUAAAUGGAAGUACGACGUAAGGCGCUAUGAAACCUGGAAUUUAGCUAUCGACAGAUUUAUUCUUGGUCAACGAACUAACCAGAGCUACAUUGAAUCUGUUCUCAACCUUUUGCAGUGCUACACCAUAUCGGAUUAUAGCUGCCCCAUGUUAGACAAAUAUACAGGUCCCUCAAGACCAAUGCCACCACUAGCAGGAACACCAUCUACCCUACAUGACAUGAGAAAGAAAACCAUAUCUAAGCUGCUGACGUUCCUGGUGCGUGCAUCAAUCAAAGACAUUGUCUUUCAAAAUAGUUGGUACCAGACAACAUGCCCAAUCUGCAAAGAUCCCAUCUUCAGAAGGGGCGAAAAAUGGUUCUGUAGUGCACAUGGACAUAUUGACAAACCAAACUACAUAUACAAAUUCUCUGUUAUCAUCACUGAUGCAACGGACACCAUACAAGCAGCCAUAUCGGAAACAUCAUGUCGCAAACUUCUCAGGUCACCUCUCGACAAAUUCAUAUCCGACAACCCACUGACGAAUGGAAACGUCCUGCCCGUAAACAUAACCAACGAGAGAGGAAAUACAAAAACAAUGUCCAUCCAAAUCCUUAGAGCCUCAACUCCAGAAAACAUACGGUUCAUAAUAAUUGACCACGACACACUAACAACAAUGUCCGACACAUCAAUUCCAACAACACCAGCUCCAACCAGAAUGACAAGGGCACGACAAAACGACACAUCACUGGAAUCAUCUACAGCCAAUCAAAACGUUGCACGUCCUCUAUCCUAUGACCUUACAGGAACUAACACCCAAAUGCAAACGCUCCUACAAGACGCCCCAGAGGAGCUACUGUACAAAGAGUUGACAAUCACCAACCAGGUUAUUACCGACAUCGACAAGGACACCGUGCUCAUGCUUAACAUGUUCGACAUGAUGCAGGAAAACAUCACAGCAGCCAUCAAAAUAUGCAAUAAGAUCAUCCAAGACCAUCCAACACCAUGA